AGAGAGUCGAACUCCAGACCUACAUUCUUCAUUUCACACAAAAAAAAGGAAAAAUAGACUGCCAUGCCAUCUUAAUCUCACUCUUUAAGAAGAAGUAGAAGAAGAAGAAAACCAAAGGAUGAAUUUGGGGCAUAAGAAAAUGUUGCUGCACACAAGGACAAGAGUGUUCUCCAGAUAUUAUUAUGGUACUUCAGCAGGUCGGCUGCAAGAAGCGGUGAAACUGUUCGACUCCAUGAUGGAUAGAGGCCUUCAACCGGAUGUUGUCAGUUGCAAUAUAUUAAUUGAUGGGUAUCGCAAGAAUCGUAAGUUGGAUGAAGCUUUGCAGUUAUUCAAGAAAAUGAAACGAAGCGGAUUGAAACCCACGGUAGUUACUUAUAGUAUACUAUUAGCAGGACUAUACCGAGAUGGAAGAAUGAAGACUGCAAAUAAUUUGUUUAAUGAGAUGCAAACUUUUGGUCUGUCUCCAGAUAAUGUCACAUACGGUACAAUGUUGGAUGGGUACUGCAAGAAUGGAUCAAUUGAGAAAGCAAUUGAACUGUUUGAAUCCGUGGAGAAUACUGGCAUCUUAGCUAAUGUUCAAAUGUACAAUAUUCUUAUUCAAAGGUUGUUCCAGGCUGGCAAGUUGGAAGAUGCAAGAAAAUUGUUUCAUAAAAUUCCAGAAAAGGGAUUAGUGCCUUGUGUGGUAACAUAUAACACAAUGAUAAAUGGCCUCUUUCGUAGCAAGAUGUUACUGGAGGCUAACGAUUUAAUCAUCGAAAUGGAAAAGAGGGGUUGUGUACCUGAUGCUAUAACAUAUGAUACCAUCAUCAAGGGUUUUCUUCUAGGAAAGGAAACUGAUACGGCAUUGCAAUUUCUUCGCGAGAUGCGCGAAAGAAAAUUUGUACCGAGCAAUUCUGUUGUUUCGUUGUUAGUCAGCACUCUCUCAACAAAUCAGCUAAAAGAUCUGUAGUUAUUUCUGCGGAACCUCGUAUUGUUGAGGAUCUUCACUCUGCCAAUGUUGCUAAAUGGAUGUUAUUUGCAAUUCAAUAUCAUUUUGUGGCCCUAAACGUUAUUUUGAUGGUAGGAGAGCUAAUGAUUUUACUACAAUUCGUUAGGCAUGGUGAUCAAGAUGUAUUAGUAUAACAAAUGUGAGAAAUAAAAAGAAUGCAGUUAAUUAGUUUGCUAUGAUCAAAAUAAUUUCUCGAGACAGUUAUAUAAUGAUGGCGAAAUUAGUGAUCUGAAGUUGCUGUUAUAUUAUACUUUAACAUGAUCAAUUUUUCAUUAUUCCGCCACUUUAGCUCACAGGUUUGGUACUUGUUUUGAAGACACAUAGAGAGUAAGGAGUGUAAUUAGCUCAUUCGUUUUACAUAUUUUUCUUAGUUCAAUGGUUGCUUAUUGAACAGGAUUUUCAUGCAUCAAAAGUAUGGGUUGGAGCAGAUGCAGUUCCUCGUACAUUUGAUCACAUGUGUAAUCAAGUCUAAUAUCCUCUCAAACAACUUAGUGCUGACGGGAGAAGAAGGGAGACUAUGCUUACCCUUGCCAAAAUAGCCAGGAUAACUGGCAAUCACUGAGGAGCGCCACCAGCGCCAUCAACUCACUACUCUUCGACUGAAGGGGUGCAGGAGCAACACCAGCACCACCAAUUCACAACUUUUUGACUGGAGCGGAGAACCACUAGCGCCACUGACAACUUUUUGGCUGGAGCGGGAGUGACACCAACUGACAACUCUUAGAUUGGAGCGGGAGUGACACCAACCGACGACACCGAGUAGCAACUUUUUGACUGGACGGGAGCGACACCAACCGACAACUCUGUGACUGGAGCGCCACCAGCCUCACCAGCGCCACCAAGUCACAACUCUAUGACUGCAGCACCACAAGCGCCCCUGAAGUGCAACUUUUUGACUAAGCACCACCAGCCUAGAUCAAGCGCAUUUUGUCAUCAAUCUUCUUGCAAGCCCAUAGUUUCUUUUGUUUUUUCUACUUGUGAUCUCCUGUGUUGAGUUCUUAUCGUCUGCUCUUUACAUCAACUUCUAAUGUUGCAAAAAA